GAUGAGUCUGUCUCUUUGUCUCUGUCUCUCUCCGUCAUGCAGCCGAACAGCACUUCUCCUCCUCUCGGACUCGGACUCGGAGGUGUCUCGGUGCAGGAGGAGAUCUCGCUGCUGAACGGAUCUCUGAACGGCACCGCGGACGCGGACGCAGCGUCGCCGGGCAGCGCGGCGCUGAUCUCCUCCAUCUACUCGGUGGUCUGUUUGGUGGGACUGUGCGGAAACUCUAUGGUCAUCUACGUCAUCUUCCGCUACGCCAAGAUGAAGACGGCCACGAACAUCUACCUGCUGAACCUGGCCGUGGCCGACGAGCUGCUGAUGCUCAGCGUGCCCUUCCUGGUUACCGCCGCUCUCUUACGUCACUGGCCGUUUGGUUCGGUUCUGUGCCGCCUCGUCCUCAGCGUGGACGCCAUCAACAUGUUCACCAGCAUCUACUGCCUGACUGUUCUCAGUGUGGACCGCUACAUCGCUGUGGUGCACCCCAUCCGGGCGUCCAGAUACCGGCGUCCUACUGUGGCCAAAAUGGUCAACUUGUGUGUGUGGAUGUUCUCCAUCCUGGUCAUCUUACCCAUCAUCAUCUUCUCCACCACAGUGCCCAACUCUGAUGGCUCCAUGGCCUGCAACAUGCAGAUGCCCGAGCCUGAGCACCGCUGGAUGGCUGUGUUCGUGGUCUACGCCUUCCUCAUGGGCUUCCUGUUUCCGGUCAUUGCCAUUUGUAUGUGCUACAUCCUGAUCAUCAGCAAGCUGCGGGUGGUGGCGCUCCGAGCAGGCUGGCAACAACGCAAGAAGUCAGAGCAAAAGAUCACAGUGAUGGUUAUGAUGGUGGUGACCGUGUUCAUCAUCUGCUGGAUGCCCUUUCAUGUGGUGCAGUUAGUUGGCGUGUUUCUACAACGGCGUGACCCUACGCUCAGCCAGCUUGCUGUGGUUCUGGGCUAUGCCAACAGCUGUGCCAACCCGGUGCUGUAUGUUUUCCUGUCUGACAGCUUCCGCCGCUACUUCCAGAGGACCCUGUGCCUCCACUGGAUGGAGGGCCCAGAGGAGCACGUUGACUACAUCGACUACUAUAGUACGGCCCUCAUGAGCCGCGGCUUCAGCCGACACGAAUUCCAGCCUGAGAAUGUAGAAUCCGAGGUGGUGUUCCAUAACGGGAUGUGUCCGCCAAUCAGGAUGUCCAACUUGUAGCCCAAACUCCAAACAAUUUUGUUUUGGUAGUUUUGAUGAUCUGAGGUGGUCAAAUGAUCACAAAGCUUCUUUUAGACUGUAGACCAUCAAACUCACUGAUCAGUCCCCCAAAUGAUUAAUGACACCUUUUUUUUUAAAAUGCAUAUUUCUGGUUU